AAAAUCAUCGUUUAGACUUUCAGGUGUCUAAUUCAAGGCUUUUCAGCGCCCUUUAAAACACGCUGUGAAAGCGGCAGGACCUAGCCUGGAAGGCGCGAGCGGCAAUAUCCUUCCGCGAGCUCCGAGAACUGAGCCCUGGUCCUUUUAGACUGGCCGCCAAGGGGUGGGGCGUAGGCCGGAAGUUGUUACGGCGCGGGGCGGAAGUUAUGGCGCGGGGCCGAAGUCUGGCCGGCGAAGGGCGGAAGUAGAGCCCCCAGGUCUGCAACCAUGGCUCAAGAAGAGGAAGAUGUUAGAGAUUACAAUUUGACGGAGGAACAGAAGGCGAUCAAGGACAAGUACCCUCCAGUCAAUCGAAAGUAUGAAUAUUUGGAUCAUACCGCUGAUGUCCAGUUACACGCCUGGGGAGACACUCUGGAGGAAGCAUUUGAACAGUGUGCGAUGGCCAUGUUUGGUUACAUGACAGACACUGGGACUGUGGAACCCCUCCAAACAGUGGAAGUAGAAACUCAAGGAGAUGACUUGCAGUCUCUGCUGUUUCACUUUUUGGAUGAGUGGCUUUACAAGUUCAGCGCCGACGAAUACUUCAUACCCCGGGAAGUGAAAGUACUCAAUAUUGAUCAAAAAAAUUUCAAGCUACGAUCAAUUGGGUGGGGAGAAGAAUUUUCAUUGUCCAAGCACCCUCAGGGAACAGAAGUCAAAGCAAUAACAUACUCAGCAAUGCAAGUCUAUAAUGAAGAGAAGCCAGAAGUUUUUGUGAUCAUCGACAUUUAAGAUACCAAGAAAAGAAUAAGAAAAGGACUCCUAUGAAGAACCGAUUUGUUUUCUUCAUUCGGAGAAGAUGCAGUGAUUCAUUUUCUGUGGUGUCUUUGCUAAGUGGAAAUGGAACUGGGCACUUAAAGUGUGACUUUCAGGAGUGGAAAACCGACGUCUAGCCUUCGCUUGUGAUCCCUUGCUGAUGAACUCUUCCGUCUCUGAGGAACAGUCGUGGUCAGGUGCAGCAAUUGCAGCAGGUGCCCUACGCCCUUCCAGUGGACACAGGUGCGUCCUCUUGGUCAGAAAGGAGUGCCCCCUGCUGUGGGCAGCCGCUGGGACGGAAUCUAACUUGCAACAAAAUCAUUUGAGCCGGCCACGACAGACAGUAGAGGCCUGUGAUCUAAUAUCAGGAUCCCGAGUUUGUGGCCAGCUGUGGCUAAGGAAGGCGUUCAGAGCCAGCCUAGGCAACUGAACAUGGCCCUGUCUCAGAAAAGAAAAGGGUAGGGCAGGAUGAACUUGUACAACACGUACACCGGGGUGUCUGAGCUCACAGAGAUCCACCUGCCUCUGCCUCCCAAGUGCUGGGAUUAAAGGCGUGCACCACCACCGCCUGGCUUCUCUCUCUCUUUUUAAGAAGCAAUGAUAUUUCAUAUUUUCGUAGAAAAAAUAUCUGACACUGUGCCUUAUGUAAGACUCUCUGAUGUAAACUUUUAUUUCAUUUAUUACUAAUUUUCAGUGUUGGGGACUAAGCCAAGUGCUCUAUCACUGAGUUUAUAGCCCAGCCCCUAAAGUGAAAUUUUAUUUCUUUUUUGAAGUUUUGUUUUGUUUUCAAGACAGGUUCUCUAGAGUCAUAGAACUUAGAGAAAUCAUCUCUUUUUAAAUACAUAAGAAUUUAAAUAUAUAAGAAUUUAAUAAUAAGAAUUUAACAAUGGGGAUCUGAAUGGAAAGUCCAAGAAACUAGUAGUUGCUCAGUCCCACGAGGCUGGGUUGUUUCAGCUGGUCUUCCGUAUAAGCUGGAAUCUGGAAGAAGUAGGUUCCAAUGGGUGUGCUAGGAAAGUGCCUGAAAGUAGGUGAAGAACAAACAACCCCUUCCUCCUUCCACUGUCCUUAGAUAGGCCUCCAGCAGAAGGUAUGGCCCAGAUUACCUGGACUAAAGGUGUGUGUCCAUCUGGAUCAAAAUUGAGUCCCAUCUCAAGAUCCGGAUCAAAGGUAUUGUUGUUUUCCAGCCUCAAGAUCUCACAGAGCUGGGCACGGUGGGUGGCACACACCUCUAAUCCCAGCACUGGGAGGCAGAUCGCUGUGAGUUCUGCGAGUUCAAGGCCAGCCUAGUCUACACAUCAAGUCCAGGACAGCCAAGGCUACACAGAGAAACCCUGUCUUGAAAAAAGCAAAAAGAUCCAGAUUGCAGAUGUGCCCUCAAUUUCUGGAUUGUAGCUCAUUCCAGUCAAGUUGACAACUGAAAAUAGCCAUCACAACAGGGUUUCUCUGUGUAACAGUCCUGGUUGGCCUUGAACUUGAAGAAAUCCAUCUGCCUUUGCUACCUGAGUGCUGGGACUAAAGUGCACGGGACUACUAUGCCAGGCUGAAAUUUUAUUUCUUUACAUUUUUUGUUUGUUUGUUUGUUUGUUUGUUUUUAUAUAAGGUCUCCCUAUGUGGACCAGGUUGGCCUUGAACUCAUAGUGCCUGCCUCUUCCUUUUGAGUACUGGGAUUAAAGAUGUGCCCCAAAAGAGUAUAAUUUUAUCAAAGCCAGUCUAUGCAUCCAGUUAGAGAAGAAAAAAAUGUUAACCUAGUUAAGGUUAAAGAGAUGGCUUAGUGAUUAAUAGCUCUUGCUGAGGAAGAGCAGACCCUGCACCCCACCUCAGCAGCACAGGAGAGCUGACCCUGAUGGUGGGAGCAUGUGUGAGCUGGCCCCCAGGAGCUGACACAACUCUUCUGCCCUGUGGCAGCAUGGGCAAGGGAGAGAUGCCCUCCUCCCUCCCUCAUCCCUUGUCAUCUGUGGCAGGUGGGAGAGCAGGCCCUGGGGUCGUGAGAGCGGAAGACCUGGCCGUGUCCCUCACCAGUUGCAACACAGGAGAGCAGGCUCUGCACCUCACCUAGGCAGCAGGGUAGAGCAGACCCUGGUUGGGGGUUGGGGUGUGUUGCUGGUGAGCAGGCCAGAGAGCAAGAGAGCUGGCAGGCUGACCAGCUCAGAUACCUCAGGCCCAGAUCCAGGGCUUUGAAUUGGUCCACCCCAACACCUACCCCAUCGAUGAGCUGCGAGAAUACUCGGAAGGGGCUGGUCCUAUAGACCCAAAACUGCAGGAUCUCCAUGACACGGCAACAACAGGAUAUCCUAGAGGAGUCCCGGUGAGGAGCCAGUAUCUAUAGAGUAGAAGCCGAGGCCUCGGGCCAGACCAAUGAGUCACUGUUAAGAGCAUCUGCAAGCAAAGAAGUGUGAACAAAAGGGCAUACUGUGGACACACUGUAACACCACAGCUUCCACAGAGAUUUUUAUUUUUUUCUCUGUUUUAGGGGGAGGUUGCAGGGAUGGAGGGCAGGUACAAGGGGAGGAGAUGAGUGGGACUGGGGUGCAUGGUGUGAAGUUCAUGAAGAAACAAAGUUUUUAAAAAUGUAAAGAGGGGUUACUGGAAUAAACAUGAUCAAAAUCCAUUAUAUACGUGGAUGAAAAAAAAGUAGGCCAGGUGGUGAUGCACGCCUUUAAUCCCAGCACUUGGGAGGCAGAGGCAGGUGGAUCUUUGAGUUCAAGGCCGGCCUGGUCUACAGAGUGGACAGCCAGGGCAACACAGAGAAACCCUGUCUCAAACAAACAAAAAAGUAGCUCUUGAUUGCAAAGCUAUGGAGAGGACCAGAAUUUGGAUCUCGGCAGCUACAUAAAAAGCUGAGUGUCCUGUGCACCCUUGGCUCCCCACCUCUGAGACAGUGGAGAUGGGGGUUGGGGUAAGGAUCCCAGGGCUUCCUGGUUUCUGGCUUACCUGAGGCU